AUGUAUUUGAGGCAUUGGAGAGGCACGAGGACGCUGUCAAGGAGUUGGAGGCCUUGUGUGCACUCUGCCCCUGCAACCCUGCAAAUUUGUUCUCUGCACUGCCGCGCUUUGGAGUCCCUGAUUUCCUGGCAUCCGGUGGAGAGUGUCUAUCACAAACUUGAGGAAGCCAAAUUCUUGCUGAGGAAGCACAAGCGGAAGAACUACUACGAAGUUCUAGGAGUUCCAUCUGUAGCCUCGCAGCUGGAGAUAAAGAAGGCAUACAGAGAGCGUGCUGCCGAAUGGCAUCCUGACAAAAAAUCUCACCUGGAUGAGGCUGCCAGGAAGAAUGCAGAAGAAAUGUUCAAGACAAUCGGCGAAGCAUACGAAGUGCUUACAGACCCUAACAAGAAGGAGCUGUACGAGAAAGGUUACGACCUGGAGGGUAUCAACGAGCAGAUUGAGAUCAAGAAGCGGCGAACAAAUGGCUGCUGCGGUGGCAGGCCUGGUGGCUGCCAUUGA